UUAGAUUUUUGUUUCAUUGUUUUUAUUUUGGAAACAAUGUAAUGUUUUCUUCUUCAUUAAAUUGUCCUCUCUACAAAUGUAUAAAAGAAAAUAGAGUCGUAUAACUUCUCUCUGUUUGUUGCGUUCUCUGGUUUAUGGGGUUUCGUGUAACAGUACGCCAGUAAAUGUAACAUCCUCGUAUUUUGAGUGCUUAAAUCAUGAUUUCGGUAUAAGUAAUGUUAUUACUAAAUAAAGUUAAACUUGGCAUGAUGGGUCAUAUUACCCAAAACCAUUCCAAAUUAGUUCAAAUUAAAGAGAUUUAAAAGAGGAAAAGAAUGAAGGAUAUAAAUCCCUCUAGAUAGUAGGGUCGUCCUCCAUCAAGUCAAGUAUUGGGUUACACUUCUAUUGUGUUAUAACCAACUUACUUAAUAGACUCUCAUUCACCGAAGAGAAGUGAGCUCUUGUUUCUAGUUCAUUAUGAUGGGAAAAGCCCCAGUUUCCAAGCCAACCUUUAAAUCUACACGUAGCCAUCCUUAUGAGUUAAUUUAAUGGGGUGGGAGGUAGAUGGGUAGUUCAUCCGGGAAGAGCUGGCUGCCACCCUUAUCUCAUCCCUUCUUUCUAAGCAUCAAGAGAAAUAUAAGGACAGAAACCUCUUCAUCAUCUUCCUUUCUCAUUACCAUCUACCUUAGUUCUUGUGGCCAUCGGUGGCGGAAAGAGUCGCUAGCUGUGGGGGAUUUGGUGGAUCGGGUAUUGGAGACAUACCUAAGGUGAGAUUUCCCCCUAUAAUCCUAUCGGUUGGUGCUGCAAGGGGAAGAAGGAGAGUAAGAAAAGCAUGCAUCGUCACUAGGGACAUAUCUAGGGUAUCUCACGUUAGAGUAGUACGAGGAUAACUUCAUCCGGGAAGAAGAAAUAGGUUGUAGGAGGAUUCUGAGUUUUCUCUACAUACCACCUUCCAUGGGUUCUGUCACAUGUGGCAGAUGACAUGGCGCCAACAAGGUGACAACAUGGCAGCAGCACAUGUGGCAUGCAUGGAAGGCUAGUAGCAUAGAGAUGCUCCUAGGAUUCUCCACCAUAAUGUAGAGCUUUAUAGUGCACUUAUGAGUCACAUAAUGGUGACAUUGAUAGAGUGCAUAAUGGGGGGACUUAAUGGGGUGUAUUGAUGUAGUAGAGGGACUUUAUGAGGGGCAUUGAUGCCUUGUAUGUGGAGAGGCCUAUAUAAGGAGCCAUCUCCCUCAUUUGUACUCAUUCCAUCAUUUUUGAGAGUAAUACACACUAGAGAGUUCUCCCAUUUCCUUUGUCUUUGUUCUUGUUCUUUGCUUUCAAGUGAGUUGAGAGAAAGGCUGCCUAGCGCUCUAACGGAAUUGAGAGCUAGGACCGCACGAUCAAGAGUAAGGUCGUGACAAGUGGUAUCAGAGCCUGGUUCGGCUUUGUGCUAGCAAAGUUGAACCUAGAGCCAGAAGGAAAGGAAGAACCUCACCAAAAAUGUCGGGAUCAGAAGUCCACGACGAUGAGAAGCACCGUGGAAGGGAUACCGUGAAGAAUCCCAAACCAAAGGGUGAAAAGUCAAGCACUCGUGAUCCUAUGACGUCUCUAGAGAGGCGUGUCUCUAGAAUGGAGGUGAAGUUGGCGGAAGACAUCAGUGCCAUCGAGGAUUUGGGAGCAAACUUCACCCAAGUCGAAAGCGAUUUUCAAGGUAUGAAUGCUCGUUUGUCGAGCUUGGAGAUUGGUAAUGAUGGCUUACGAGAAGAGCUUGCGGCCCUCAUCAACAACACCAUCACCACAUCCUUGAACAACGCCAUUGGAGUUGUGAAAGAGCAAGUCCAGGCUGAGCUGGUCGGCGUGAAGGAGGAGAUUGCAGAUCUCAAGAGUGAGGUCACUCUCGUGAAGAGAGCCAUGGCUAGCGGACCAGCUGCGGUGCAAUCCGUCCCACGUGCUGAUAUUCCAAGACCGAAGAGCUUCGGAGGUUCACGGAAUGCGAGGGAGUUAGAGAACUUCCUUUGGAGUCUUGAGCAGUACUUCAAGGCGUCCGGCAUCCAAGAGGAUGAGGUAAAGAUUCGUACCGCUCCACUUUACUUGGUUGAUGUUGCCAUGGUGUGGUGGAGGCGACGUGAAGCGGACGUCGAAAGAGGUACUUGUGUGAUGGCAACGUGGGAAGAUUUCAAGAGAGAGAUCAAGAGGCAGUUCUACCCAGAGAACGUGGAGUUUGAAGCCCGUUCGAAGUUGAGAAGACUCACCCAGAGGGGUGGAGUUCGAGAAUACGUGAAAGAAUUCUCGGAGCUGCUUCUAGAGAUCCCGGACAUCACGGACAAGGAGGCCAUGCACGGCUUUCUUGAUGGGCUGCAACCAUGGGCCAAGAUGGAGAUGCAACGUCGAGGAGUGCAAGACCUUGCAACUGCCAUGGCCACGGCAGAGUCUUUUGUCGAGUACAAACGACAAGAGAGCAGCGGCAGAGAGAAGAGUUCGAAGCCCAACAAAGGUGGAGAACAGCAGAAGCCUUUCAAGGAGGGUUCUCGCACUCAACAACACCAAGGUGGUUCGAGCAAAGGGGGUAAGUACGAGCCAAAACCCAUGACUUGUUUCCUUUGCGACGGACCACAUCGAGUGCGAGAUUGCCCAAGAAAGGCGAGAUUAGCAGCCAUGGGGGCUCAAGAUGAGGAGCCCAAGGCGGCGGAGGCCAAGAUUGGCUCAAUCCGCAAGCUUGGCGCGGCAAAGACCGACGUCAAGGAGAGCAAGCGGGGGAGGUGCUAUGUUCUGGCGCAAUUCAUGCAAGGCGAGUCAAAAGCCUUGGUGGAUACCGGUGCCACAGACAACUUUCUUCGCGUCGAGGAGGCGAACCGGCUGGGUAUUGCCUACGAGAAGGGGCAAGGGAGGCUCAAGACGAUCAAUUCGGAGUCCAUCCCGAUUCAUGGAGUGGCGCACAACGUACCAAUAAAGCUUGGCGAGUGGGAAGGCCUCAUCGACUUUUCCGUCGUCACCAUGGACGAUCACCCAGUCAUUCUCGGCAUCCACUUCCUCGACAAGGAGGGAGUGCUUUUGAAGCCCAACUCCAACACGAUGUGCUUGGAGAAGGAAGGGGAGUUCCAUACUGUUCAUCUCUUGAGAGAAGAUGGUCCCCAUAGUGCUCUAUCGGCCAUGCAAGUGGUGAAGGGGUUCAAGAAGAAUGAACCAACCUUUCUCGUAUCCUUGAAGAUGGAGGAAGAUGGAGGCUCAACGGGAAUCACAACUCCCAUCAUCGAAGGUGUCCUCAAAGAGUUCGAUGAUGUGAUGCCAUCGGAGUUUCCCAAGAAACUACCACCAAGAAGAGAGGUGGACCACAAGAUCGAGUUGGAGCCGGGAGCGAAGCCCCCUUCGCGAGCACCAUACCGCAUGUCGCCACCGGAGUUAGAAGAAUUGCGGAGGCAACUCAAGGACUUGGUGGACGCAGGCUACAUGCGGCCAUCAAAGUCACCUUUUGGAGCACCGGUGCUGUUCCAAAAGAAGAAGGAAGGGUCGUUGCGGAUGUGCAUCGACUAUAGAGCCAUCAACAAGUUGACGGUGAAGAACAAGUGGCCGAUUCCCAACAUUGCCGACUUGUUCGACCAGCUUGGAGAUGCAAUGUGGUUCACCAAGCUAGAUCUUCGCUCGGGCUACUAUCAAGUGCGGAUAGCAGAGGGCGACGAGCCAAAGACGGCUUGUGUGACGAGGUAUGGCUCUUACGAGUUUCUUGUGAUGCCAUUCGGUCUCACCAACGCACCAGCCACGUUUUGCACUUUGAUGAAUCAAGUGUUCGAGCCAUUCUUGGACCGGUUUGUCGUGGUCUACUUGGAUGACAUCGUCGUGUAUAGCAAAACACUCGAUGAGCAUGCCGAGCACCUACGCCAAGUCUUCCAAGUCCUUCGCGACAACGAGUUGUACGUCAAGAGGGAGAAGUGCACUUUUGCCGCCACGGAGGUUCCAUUCUUGGGGCACGUCAUUGGUGGAGGCAAGUUGAAGAUGGAUGGAGCAAAGGUGCAGGCAAUCCAAGAAUGGGAGCCGCCGACGAAGGUGCCAGAGUUGCGGUCAUUCCUCGGCCUUGCCAACUACUAUCGGAGGUUUAUCAAGGGCUACUCCAACGUUGCAGCACCCUUGACGGAUCUCUUGAAGAAGAACAAGGCGUGGGAUUGGUCGGAAAGGUGCCAAGAAGCGUUCGAGGCCUUGAAAGCAGCGGUGACGAAGGAGCCCGUGCUCGUGCUCCCCAACCCGAUGUUGGCCUACGAAGUGCAGACCGAUGCAUCCGACUUUGCAAUCGGGGGCGUGUUGAUGCAAGAUGGGCAUCCCAUUGCCUUCGAGAGUCGAAAGCUCAGCGAGACGGAGAGGCGAUACACCGUUCAAGAGAAGGAGAUGACAGCCGUGGUGCAUUGCUUGCGCACAUGGAGGCACUACUUGUUGGGGUCAAAGUUCGUAGUGAAGACGGACAACGUGGCAACGAGCUACUUUCUGACGCAGAAGAAGCUCACCCCUAAGCAAGCAAGGUGGCAAGACUUUUUGGCCGAGUUCGACUUCGUUAUGGAGUACAAUCCAGGCAAGGCGAAUUCCGUUGCCGAUGCUCUUAGCCGCAAGAGUGCAGCCGCAAGCAUCAGCCAGCCCACGUUUCCUUUGAAGGAGCGGAUCGUUGAAGGCCUUGGCCAUGACCCCUUCGCCAAAACCGUAACGGAGUACAUUGAGCAAGGUAAAACUCGGCGGUUUUGGAUGAAGGAUGGGCUCAUCAUGACCAAGGGAGAGCGGAUGUUCGUGCCAAGAUGGGCCAACUUGAGGAAGGAGAUCAUGAAGGAGUGCCAUGAUUCCAAGUGGGCGGGCCAUCCCGGCAUCGAGAGAACGCAAGCGCUCAUCGAAGAAGCAUAUUUCUGGCCGCGUAUGAGAGACGACGUGGAGAUGUAUGUGAAGACUUGUCUUGUGUGCCAACAAGACAAGAUGGAGCAGAGAAGCCCGGCAGGCUUGCUAGAGCCCUUGCCCACGCCUCAACGACCAUGGGAGAGUGUGAGCAUGGACUUCAUCAUCGAACUUCCCAAAGUCGAUGGGUGCGGUUGCAUCAUGGUUGUGGUGGACAGAUUCUCGAAGUAUGGAGUGUUCAUUCCUGGGCUAAAAGACUUAACGGCGGAGGAUGCAGCACGGCUAUUCUUCAAGAACGUGGUCAAGUAUUGGGGCAUUCCUAGCAGCAUCGUGAGCGACAGAGAUGGCCGCUUCACGGGCAGAUUUUGGCGAGAGUUGUUCAAGAUCAUGGGCUCAAACUUGAACUUCUCGACGGCAUUUCAUCCUCAAAGCGACGGACAGACGGAGCGGGUGAAUGCCUUGUUGGAAGUGUACGUACGGCAUUACGUGAGUGCCAACCAACGAGAUUGGGUGAAGUUGAUGGACACGGCGCAGUUUUCCUACAACUUACACCGCAGCGAGUCGACCAACACGAGUCCAUUUGAGUUGGCGACGGGGCAACAACCUUUGACACCUACGACGGUGGCAACGGGGUAUAGAGGCAACAGUCCAGCGGCCUACAAGUUCGGUAAAGGUUGGCACGAGAAGAUGGAGAUGGCCAAGUCUUACUUAGCCCGCGCUAGUAAGAAGAUGAAUAAAUGGGCGGACAAGAAGCGGCGGCACUUGGAGUUUGAAGAGGGAGACAUGGUGAUGGUCAAGUUCUACCCUCAUCGGUUCAAACAUCUCAAGAACGUGCACAAGGGACUGCUUCGCCGCUAUGAAGGGCCAUUCCCCAUCGUGAAGAGGAUUGGCAAUGUGGUAUACAAGGUAGAGCUGCCGACGCACUUAGAGAUCCAUCCGGUCUUUCAUGUGAGCCAACUCAAACCUUACCACGAAGACAAGGAGGACGAGCAGCGAAGGGAGCCGCAGCGCGCACCAACACUCGUCACCAAGACACACGACCAUGAAGUCGAAGAAAUCAUGGCGCGUCGUGUCAUUCCUCGUCGCGGCGUACAUCCAAGCUUUGUGGAGUACUUAGUCAAGUGGCGCAACCUUCCGGAGAGUGAAGCAACAUGGAAGAAAGAGCUCACGCUUUGGAAGAACAAGGACUUGAUCGAAGCAUUCCAUCAAGAGGACGCGACGAGGGCGUCGCGAGCAUAGGUGGGGGAGGAUGUCACAUGUGGCAGAUGACAUGGCGCCAACAAGGUGACAACAUGGCAGCAGCACAUGUGGCAUGCAUGGAAGGCUAGUAGCAUAGAGAUGCUCCUAGGAUUCUCCACCAUAAUGUAGAGCUUUAUAGUGCACUUAUGAGUCACAUAAUGGUGACAUUGAUAGAGUGCAUAAUGGGGGGACUUAAUGGGGUGUAUUGAUGUAGUAGAGGGACUUUAUGAGGGGCAUUGAUGCCUUGUAUGUGGAGAGGCCUAUAUAAGGAGCCAUCUCCCUCAUUUGUACUCAUUCCAUCAUUUUUUAGAGUAAUACACACUAGAGAGUUCUCCCAUUUCCUUUGUCUUUGUUCUUGUUCUUUGCUUUCAAGUGAGUUGAGAGAAAGGCUGCCUAGCGCUCUAACGGAAUUGAGAGCUAGGGCCGCACGAUCAAGAGUAAGGUCGUGACAGUUCUUACGGGUAGUUUAACUUGAGAGUGAGUUAUUAUAAUUAAUGGGAUUGUGAUUCUUGAGUGCUUUCCCAUGAGUUUAAGCAUGUGUUGAUUUUAGAUGGGGGUGUACUUAUAUUUAUGCCUGCAAUUAUAUGUAUACGAAUUCUGUUGUGUUGAAUUGAAAAGUAGGUAAGUAUUGGAUUAAUUAAAAAGAGAAUUUAAUUAGUUGAGAAAGGGAGCAGGGUGUGAGAAUGAUGGGGUAUAGAUAUGUAUAUUUAUAGGGAUAUGAGGCACGAAUUUGGGGUAAUCAAGGUGAUGUCCAGUGAGUAGCUGGGUGUGCGUUAUGUGGUAAAGAGAUUAACUGGUUACGUAUAACAAUUCGUAUUAAUUAUAUUAUUUAGAUUAUGUUCAUCGGUUAAUUAAUAGAUAAAUUGUUAGCUAUGAUAUUAAAUGUGGUCAUCUUAUUUCUUAAAGGAAAGGAGCUAGCAGGGGAAACAUCAAGAGGCAAGGGUAUAGUUGAAUAAACGUGAAGUGAGUAAUUCCUAACUUAGUAGCUCAACUAAUAUGAGCAUGAUAUUUGGGUCAUGAAGCGGCCCAAAUACAAAAUUCUUCAAUUAAAUGUGGAUGAUUAUUGUGGUGAAAUGGUUUUUGUGAUGAAUUAUAUUAUGUGAGUCUCUUAAUGGUCUUAAUAGUGUGAUUCAGUAUAUGAUGGGAAAAAUGGAAAAUGUGAUGAUGGUGAGUAGAGGCCGUGAUGCAUGUGUGAAUGAUAAUUAUGAUGGGUAAUGUUGAAUGAGAGGCAUGAAGAGCCUCCUUGAUGAUAAUAAUGAUGAUAGUCAUGGAUGAUUGUGGUGGCUGUAAUGAUAAAUAGUAAAUUAAACGAAUGUUAAAUGUAAAUAACAUACCAUGGUGAGUCAGGCAUCCAAAAGGGGGAGUAGAGGAGUAGGGAUGCUGGCGAGAAGCCACGGUAGCAAUUGUGGUGAGAGACCACACUAGUAUCGGUGGUGAGAAGCCACCAUGUUAUAUAGAGGCGAGAAGCCUUGUAUUGUGUGGUGAGAUGCCACAUUGUGAUGGAGGCGAUAAGUCUUGAGGUGAGAAGCCUCAUUAAGGGAGAGACUUUCCGGUGCCUUAGGUUGGUGUAGGGGGAGAGUCCUAGGCAUCGAGGAUGAGGUGGAGGAGGCGGAGUAGGGAAGAAAUGGUAAAGGGAAUUGGUGGGGUGCAUGACUAAGCCUGAUAAUAUGGAACUUUGAUGAUGAAUUGCAAACCUGUAUAUAUAUGAACUAUGUGUGAUGGAUGUGUGGGUAUGUAUGUUUGCGUAUGAUGAAGUAAGACUUUAGUAUCAUGAAAAUUAUGAGUUGAAUGUUAGAUGUGAAAAUUAAUAUCGUUAAUGCUUAAUGUUAUGGUUAUAUUAGUUCUGAUACUAGGAUAGGGCUUACUCAUUGACGUGACGUCUCACUCCCGUCAAUAUUUUUCCCUCAGAUUUGAGAAGCAGAAGUAGAAGUUGGGGACAAGGCAAGCUCCAGUUUGACCGCGAUGAGGUGGGCGGAUGACUCGAAUCUCCACAUGUACAUAUUAGGGCUUUUGGGAAAAGAAAAGGGGUUUUCUUUUAUGCAUGUUUGAAAUAAUUAUCAGGUGUUGUAAUAUAGUUUAAGCAAAUAU